AUGGAUGGCACAGCGCUUGACAACUUGGAUGUAUUCGGCAUCUUCGAUGACCCGCCGCCGCCUGAUGCGCACCUCACAGUAGGACAGUACGUGGGCAUUCUGCAGCAGCUCGCUCAGCGCCUCGGCCUCGACGACGUCGCAUUCCGCUUCAACUUGCCCCCAUCUGCCGCUGCUGCUGAAGAGGAGGACGCAAGCUGCCAAGGUAAUAGCAGCUGUGGUUGUGGAGUGUGUGGCCACCCACCACUGUGCGCCCACCUCGCACGCGAGGGCGGACGUCGUGUGAUGCAGCAGCCGCAUUCGCUGCCGACUGUUGCGUGUGAAGACGCGGACGAGGCCCUGCGUGGCGCGCCGCAUGUGCACUGUCUCUUCUGCCUGCAGGCUGGUCAAGAAGAGGGCGGCGGCAGUGGUCCAGUUAUGGCUCUGAACCUGCGCCACGCCGUUCUCGCGCACUAUACGCAGCACAUGCAGACGCGAGACGCCUGUCUGACACUCCUCGACGAGGAGGAUGACGAGUCGCAGAUGGGGGCAUUGGAGGUCACGGCAGAACGCGAGGGACGGCACGUGUGCUUCAUUGCAUCUGCCGGCACCGCGGCGUGCCCGAUUGUUGUGGCGUAUUGUGCGGCGUGUGACCAGCUGGCACCAUUAGCGACGUUCGCCACGGAAGCAGCAGUGGCAGCAGAAGCGAACAAGCAGCAGAGGGAGGCGCAGAGUGUGGAGACAGCGGGUUGUGUGAUGGCGCGUCUCCUCCUCGCCUGCGACUUGCUGUUGGCGGUGCGGCGCGAGCGAGAAACCGAAGGGCGUAUGUCGCAGCCUCUUGUUCACGCGGAAUCGUACAUUUUCCUUCCAACGCCGUUUCUCUUUGGUGAGGAUGAGGCGGAACUAACUGAGAUGUUUGAGAGCGGGGCGAUGAUGACGCAUACCUCUGCUGUUCUGCCGUCCGCCACGGUGAGUGGGACACCUGCCUCGCCGCGGCUGCGGUUGCUGGAGUCGGCGGCGGCGAUGGAGUUGAUUUUUCGUGGUUUGCCCCCCUACCACUUCGCCGACGCGGUGGUGGGGUUUGUGAUGCAAUGGCCCACCGAGGCAGCGACAGACGAGAAGGUGGCUUGGGUGCUGCGGCAGCGAGCCCAUAUUGCCGUGCAGCGGCGGCUGGUGUAUGUGGAGGACAUCGAUGAGUGGGUUAUUGCGCGUGUGUUUCAUCACCUCGAUGCUUCGUCCGCCGAGAGCAGCGGCAACAGCAGCAGCAGUUUGUUGGAGGACCCGUACGGAACUAUCCGCAGGCGGAAGGACUGUCGCAUCACCAAGAUGGUCUCCUUGACGCUCAUACAGCAGUACACGCUACGGGGGUCUGAGAAUGGUGGAAACGGGAUCAGCAAUAGCAAUGAGAUGGAUGGCUGCCCGUACAGCAUGGAGGCUAGGGCGGUGAAUUUCUUUGCUGGCAUGACGGCACUGGCCAAGGCGAUGGAGAUGACGGUAACGUUUUUUUAA